CUGAGCUACUCACACACGCCUUUUAAAACACAAAUAAGUCUUAACACAGCAGCAGAAUCCAGCAAAUGUUUAUACGCAGUGGUGCACUAUCCCCUUAACAACUUAUGGAAUUAGAAUGGGAGGGUUAAAGUUGAUUGUAACUACUUUAUUUUUCGUAGUAGUGUUUACAAGUGGUGUGUGGCGCGGCGGAUCAGCUGAUGACGCAAGGCAGUGAGUGAGCGAGUGAGGGUGGCGGAGGGUUAGCAGAGGUGAACAGCCGUUCAGACACUACGGACAUACCAUUCUUCAGUCCUACACCAGGGCCAGGAUUACUCUGGCCGGUGUCCACUCCUCGUAUAUACCAUCAUCUUUCUCACAAGCUGGACAGAAUAGACUGAAAUUUAAGAAAAAGAAGAAAAUAGAGGAAUUGCCAAAAAGGAGGAUGACAGGUGCCGGGAGGGUGGUGCUGGUGGCGGCGGUGGUUGUGGUGGGCGUAUUGCUGCAGCCGUGUUGGGCAAGCUUCUUCGGUAGCGGCAAAGUUAGCACCAAGACAGACACGGCAGCCGGGGAGAGGUGUUUCUGCCAGCUGAAAGGUGCUAUUGAUGACUGUUCAUGUUCAGUGGAGACGAUAGACAGUUUCAACAAUCUGAAGAUAUACCCACGACUCAACAGUCUCCUGCAGCAAGUCUUCUUCAGGUAUUGGAAGGUAAACCUGAACAAGAAGUGUCCAUUCUGGGAGGAUGAUGGCCGGUGUGCCAUCCGUUACUGCAGUGUUCAGCCAUGCACUGAUGUUCCUGAAGGUCUCAAGGGAAGAGCUGUAGAUCCAGAUAUCAACAAGUCCCAGAAGGAGGUGAAAUCUCUUGGCAGUGGAGGCUGUGAUGAUGAGAAUGACUUAGGCUUCCUUAACACAACACUCAGCAAGGAAUCCCUGGAUGACUUUGAGAAAUGGGCAGCCCAUGACAGCUUCUGCUACAUUGAUGACGACGACUCGGAAGGCAGUGAGUAUGUGGACCUACUGCUGAACCCGGAGCGCUACACAGGCUAUACUGGUCCAUCUGCCCACCGCAUCUGGAGGUCCAUCUACCAGGAAAAUUGUUUCAAGCCAUCCAGGAACCUGGGACCAUAUGCUGACUUCAGCAACAUUGGAGCUGAUGAGUUCCUGCAGGACAUGUGCCUGGAGAAACGUGCAUUUUACCGAGCUGUUUCUGGUCUUCACAGCAGCAUCAACAUUCACUUGUCUGCUCGCUACCUCCUCUCAGACCAGAAUGGGUUUGAUGUAUCAGCUGAAGGCAUCUGGGGCCACAAUGUUGGGGAGUUCCAGCGCAGGUUUGACCCAGAGCUGACAGGUGGUGAGGGACCUAAGCGUCUCAAGAACCUCUACUUCCUGUAUUUACUUGAGCUGAGAGCUCUAGCCAAAGCAGCACCAUAUUUAGAAAGUCAAGAAUUCUACACUGGCAAUGAAGAAGAUGACAGAGAUGUCAAAAGGGCUGUCACAGACCUGCUCUCCAUUGUGAAGAGUUUCCCUGACCACUUCAACGAGCACUCAAUGUUCACCGGGGGACACCAAGCGGCCAAGCUCAAGGAGGAAUUCCGAGAGCACUUCCGUAACAUCAGCAGAAUCAUGGACUGUGUGGGGUGUGACAAGUGUCGUCUCUGGGGCAAACUCCAGAUCACUGGCUUAGGGACAGCAUUGAAGAUCUUGUUCUCAGGCAACUUUGAUCACCCAAUAGACCAGCAGCUCAACCUGUCAGCUGUGAAACAGACCAACUUCCAACUGUCUAGAGAGGAAGUUGUAGCUUUAUUCAAUGCAUUUGGAAGGCUAAGCCGCAGCAUUCUGGAGUUAGAAAAUUUCCGGCAGAAGAGUCAGAGAUAAUGAAGGAAGGAAUGGUGCUGAAGAGGAGCUCAUUCUGUGAUAUUUGUUGUACUUCCUGUUCUUGGUUACAAAUAUUACUGGUUCAUCCAUCAACGUAUCCCGGGCCUAAUGAUGGUUCAGGUGUACCUUGUCCUACUGUGUACACUGAGGGAAGAUGCCCAUUAGGAAGUACACACACACACACACACACACACACACACACACACACACACACACACACACACACACACACACACACACACACACACACACACACACACACACACACAU